UCGAGCCCCCGAAGAGCCAGUCUUCGCAGCCUUUCCCGGAGCGCUCGCAUCUGGCGCUGGCCAGAGCCCGCUCGCAGCGCUCAGGGACGGGAGGCCCGGUUUCCACGGGAGAGGCUGCGGACUGUGGGCCCCGUCCCGAGGGGGUGGUGGUGGGAGACACCCGGCGACCCCCCAGAGGCGAUUCCGGAGGUGGCGGCGGGGGCAGCCUACGCAUCCCCUGGAAGCACCGCCCCGCCUGGGUGGUGCCCGCGCCGGCGCCUCCUCUUCCCCUCCGCAGCGGCCCGCCCCGGCCCGCAAACCCAAACACUCCAGGCGCCCGCCCACCGCGCGUGAUUCUCGCUUCGCCGCCGCCCAGCCCUGCGCGCCCCGCCUGGCGCCCCCCGCCCGGCCGCUCCGGGCCCCGGGCCCCGCGGAGCGAUGCUGCUGCUGGCUGCCGCCUUUCUCGUGGCCUUCGUGCUGCUGCUCUACAUGGUGUCUCCGCUCAUCAGCCCCAAGCCCCUCGCCCUGCCCGGGGCGCAUGUGGUGGUUACAGGAGGUUCCAGUGGCAUCGGGAAGUGCAUUGCCAUUGAGUGCUAUAAACAAGGAGCCUUUAUAACUCUGGUUGCACGAAAUGAGGAUAAGCUGCUGCAGGCAAAGAAAGAAAUUGAAAUGCACUCUAUUAAUGAUAAACAGGUGGUGCUUUGCAUAUCGGUUGACGUAUCUCAAGACUAUAACCAAGUAGAGAAUGUCAUAAAACAAGCACAGGAGAAACUGGGUCCAGUGGACAUGCUUGUAAAUUGUGCAGGAAUGGCAAUGUCAGGAAAAUUUGAAGAUCUUGAAGUUAGUACCUUUGAAAGGUUAAUGAGCAUCAAUUACCUGGGCAGCGUGUACCCCAGCCGGGCCGUGAUCACCACCAUGAAGGAGCGCCGGGUGGGCAGGAUCGUGUUUGUGUCCUCCCAGGCAGGACAGUUGGGAUUAUUCGGUUUCACAGCCUACUCUGCAUCCAAGUUUGCCAUAAGGGGAUUGGCAGAAGCUUUGCAGAUGGAGCCUUUGGAGACUCGACUUAUUUCAGAGACCACAUCUGUGUGCAAACCCGAACAGGUGGCCAAACAAAUCGUUAAAGAUGCCAUACAAGGAAAUUUCAACAGUUCCCUCGGCUCAGAUGGGUACAUGCUCUCGGCCCUGACCUGUGGGAUGGCUCCAGUAACUUCUAUUACUGAGGGGCUCCAGCAGGUGGUCACCAUGGGCCUGUUCCGCACUAUUGCUUUGUUUUACCUUGGAAGUUUUGACAGCAUAGUUCGUCGCUGCAUGAUGCAGAGAGAAAAAUCUGAAAUUGCAGACAAAACUGCCUAAUUCUUCUCACCCUUUGGAAGAAGACUGUUUCCAAAUAAUUUGAACAGCUUGCUGCUAAAUGGGACCCAAUUUUUGGCCUAUAGACACUUAUAUAUUGUUUUCAAAUGUGUCAGAUUGGACCAGUGCUCUUCAGAAAUGUGGCUGCAAGCAAGGGGCUAGAAGUUCACCUCCUGACAAUAUUAUUAAUACUAUGCAAAUAUGGAAUAGGAGACCAUUUGAUUUUCUAGGCUUUGAGGUAGAGAAGUGAAGGUAUUAGAAUUAAUACCAUGUGAACAAGGUAAAGAACAGGAUUCCAGAAUGAUCAUUAAAUUGUUUUCUAUUUAUUCUUUUUUGCCCCUCUAGAGAUUAAGUCCAGAAAUGUACUUUAUGGCACAUAAAGAAAUCUUGAGGACUUUGUUUAAACCUUCCAUAAAAAACAAUUCUGGGUUUCCUUCCUUCCUUCCUUCCUUCCUUCCUUCCUUCCUUCCCUCCCUCCCUCCCUCCCUCCCUCCCUCCCUCCCCCUCCCUCCCCCCCUCCCUCCCUUCCUUCCUUCCUUCCUUCCUUCCUUCCUUCCUUCCUUCCUUCCUUCCUUCUCUCCUCUCUCUUUCCUUCCUUCCUUCCUUCCUUCCUCCUCCCUCCCUCCCUCCCUCCCUCCCUCCCUCCCUCCCUUCCUUCCUUCCUUCCUUCCUUCCUUCCUUCCUUCCUUCCUUCCUUCCUUCCGUCCUUCCUUGGUGUAUUUUAUUCAAGAUGACUUGGACCCAUUGCCAGUGAGUCUGAGUGUCACUGACAGCCCUGUGUUGUGCUCAGGACUCACUCUGCUGCUGGUGGAAACGCAUGGCUUCUCUCUCUCUUUGAUCCCAGGAAGCUAUGAGGGGGACGGGAGAGGGCAGUGCAAUGGGAGCUAAAGAGAUAUUUUCCAGUAGGAAAAGCAAUGCUUUCUUGUCUUCUUUAGACUCAAAUGCUUAGGGAACGUUUCAUUUCUCAUUCAUGGGGGAAGGCAGCCUCCUUAAAUGUUUUCUGAAGAGCAGUAAAAUCUAGAAGCUUAAGAAUUUACAGUUCCUUCAAUAACCAUGAUGACCUGAAGUUCACCUAUUCCAUUUUAGCAUCUACUUGUUCUUCCCAUCUCUUCCUUUCCAAUUUUGCUUAUACUGCUGUAAUAUUUUUGUAAAAAAAAAAAAAAAAAAAAGGGAAAAAAAGACCAGCUAAAAUUUUUGACUUGACUUUUUAACUUAAUUCAUGAAUUAAUUAAAACAAAUGAAAAAAUUAAAAAGUGUGACAUUUUUCUCGGAGCAUAUAUGUAGCUUUUAGGAAAGGCUGAUGAUGGUUUAAAAUUUACUCAUGAAGAAAAAAAGACAAGGCUGAUUUUGAAGAGAGUCGCUUUUGAAAUAAAAUGAUCACCUGUUCUUUAUGUGACUCUCCCACUGAGCCCGCAGACAUUAUCUUCAUACCACGUGCUAAGGAAGCCCACUCAUGGCUCGUAACUCUGUAGCCCUGGAAACCCUCUUGGCCCCUGAAUGUUGUUUCCAGGUUAUAGGAUCUGUGUUCAUUAGUGGAUUUUGACAGCAAGUGUCUCUGAUGAGUUUUAGCCAACAUUCCCCGUUGCAUCCUGCUGGUUGUUCACACUCCUCUGACUUGAGGAGAGCUCCCUUCACCUUGAUCUUGUAACCCAUCUUCCUUGCAUAUAUGGUAGCACAUUCCAGAUCACUUCGGUGAAAAAAGACCUCUGUUUUUGAAGAGGAAACUUUCUUAAAUUGUAAAAUAAAACUUAAAAAACAUAAAAACUCUAUACAAAAAUUGAAGACCUAAAAAUUAUUGCAAACCUUUUUUUUUUUUUUCGCUCUUGAGUUUUUGAAGCUCUUGACUUUAAAUGACUUAACUUUUUAAAAAAUAAGAUGUUUGAUGGCUUUAAUCCAUGGUAUCUUUUUAUUAAGAUCUGAGAAUAGCAUAUUUUAAACACUGAUAGAUACAGAAGAAAUUAUUAUUUAAUGUAUUAAUUGCUUGGAAUGAUUUCAUUGCAGCUUAUAAGGAUAGGUUGAUGCCAAAAUGGUUUCAUAAAUCUUUCAGUCUUACAGAGCCGAAGUUUGCACAUUAUAUUGAGUUGCAUUGUGCAGCUGCUCAAAUGGAAUCGUAGCUUUUUAUAAUUUGCAGAAAACAAUUGCAUUAAUGUCUGGAUGUCUCUCAGUUUUACUCUUUUCUCAUAAAUGUUCCUCGAACGUUGGCACCUUCUACUGCUGAUCUGUAUUAGAAUCUAGUCCAAGAAGGUGUCUGAUUUAAUAACAUUAACUAAUUAUUUCAAUGUAUUUUUUUCAGAUUAUCUUCAUAGAACCUGUCGCUUCCAGUGAGAUGGUAAUCUACCCAAAUAAAUUUAAGAGAGCCUGUUAAGAGCCCCUGUUUUGGGGUAGAAGACAAUUGUCCCUAUCCCAAUUUCCAUUGAAAUAUGAGCGCAGAUUUGUAGAGACCAUCAUGUCAGAGAAGAAAUUUCCUUGUCAGAGAUGUUAAAGGGCUACAGUCCCUUACCAAAAAACUUUGAAAUCUAAGUUGGUUUGUGUUUUUCUGAAUUUGAUACCGUAAUUCAUUUGGCAGCAAAAUCUGACUUGAACUGAUGUGAGAGUAUUGUACUUUUUUUUUUAUGCUACUCCAUUGUGACUGUUAAUUUUCCCUGAAGAAAUAUCCAUGGAUUUGAUUCUAGGUAUUCCCCUAGAUGCUGUGGAGGUGUUUUGUAAUAUUCAAAAUAUGCCCAUGUUGCCUUUUUAAAACCCCAAAGGUUAUGAAUUCUAAAACACAUCCAGCGCAAAGGGUUUUGGAUAAGGUGUUGUAAGCAUUUAAGCAGCCGCACAUAGUGGGCUGACUUCAUCCAAAACAUAGAAAUAUUACAAGGCAAAUUCUAUUUUUUAUAUUUUUUGGUUCAAUGCUUGAACAACUUGUUUUUCUGCUGGGUGAAGAGAAAAAAAACAAAACAAAAAACAACCGUGAGUAUGAUUGUUAUGGAAACUAGUGACUUUGUUUUUAAAGGAUCACAUUGAUUCAACAACUUCUGUUGGACCCAGAAGUGGGUAAAUAUUACCUAUGGCAGGAAACGUUUAAUUAUAAUUCAGUUUAAAUGCUGGUUUUCUGUAUGUAGCCAAGAACAGCUCAUUUUGUGAAUUUCAGUUUUCAAGUGGCUGCUUUUUGAUUUGGUUGUAUUAUUUUAUUAUAAUGUAUUUGUAAGUACAUCAAAAAAUUUAAAAAUUAACAUUCAGCCAUAAAAAAUCCCCAAAUAUGUUCAAGGACUUCAUAUUGAAAAAUAUAUAGAAAACAAUCUUUCUUUCUUUUUACAAAAACAAAAUCAUGGGAAUUAUUCUUUUCUAUAUAUUUAGUUAUAAAUCUUUCUCUGGGCCGGGCACAGUGGCUCACGCCUGUAAUCCCAGCACUUUGGGAGGCUGAGUCAAGACCAGCCUGGCCAAUGCGGUGAAACCCCGUCUCUACUGAAAAUACAAAAAAUUAGCUGGACGUGGUGGCGGGCGCCUAUAGUCCCAGCUACUCAGGAGGCUGAGGCAGGAGAAUCACUUGAACCCAGGAGGCAGAGGUUGCAGUGAGCCAAGAUUGUGCCACUGCACUCCAGCCUGGGUGACAGUGUGAGACUCUGUCUCAAAAAAAGAGAAAAAAAUCUUUAUCUGGAUCUGUUAAACCAUAUAUUACUGAUCACUGCAAGUGAAAUUUUGAGACAUUGUUUCUAGUAUUUAGAUGAUGAAAACAUUUUGGUAAUACUGUUUCAGUUCAAAGAAUUUUAUGUCUUUAUCUUUUAGAAGAAAGCAAUUAUAUAUAUAUUUUUUGCUAAAUUAUAUAAACUUUUAAUUACAUCAUGUUCUAAUUUAAACAUGUAUUACUCACUUGAGGCCACUUUUAAAUAUUCAUACUCUUUGACAUAAGAUGCUUUGUAUAUUUCUCAUUUCUUUUAGUUCUUAGUAAGUCAGCUUUAAAAAGUACCUGCCAACCAGAACCUUCCAUAUUCUGGACUAAAUCUUGUUGUUUGGAUUAUACUUCAGUGCAGUAACUGUGGAUUUGCAAUUUUGAAGGGGAGAUAGUCGCUAUUAUAUUUUACACUUGCUUGAUGUGAUAACUCUGAAGACUUUUUAAUUGAUAAAAGUGCACAUGGCUAUUUUGAUACACAAUAAAAGUUGUGUUUGCUACUUUAGAAGCUUUUGUGGCAGAAUUGUAACCUAAUUUUCAUACCUUGUAUUUCUGAAUCACAACAAAAAAAAUAAAUGGGGAACAAGACUUACAGAUUUGAAAAUUUA